CACGUAUAGAGCUCUGUUACAUGCACACACACAGCCCCCCUCAGUCAGUGAUGAUGACCGAGCCUCUCUCCUCAGUGCAGCGAGUCCUUAUGUCACAGCCAAUCCCCGGCCAGGAAGUGGGCUGGCUCUAACAUGUCACUGUCAGAGAGGAAAGGAGACAUACAGCGGCAGCUUGGUGUAGCAGGGUUGUGAGGAGGAGGAAGAGAGCACUCCGCUGCUAUCAGAGCAUUGCUGCACAUCUCCUCUGCUGCACACACACAUACUGUAUACACCUUACACACACCAGCCUGCAGGAUGAUAGCUGCCCAGCUCCUGGCCUAUUACUUCACAGAGCUCAAAGAUGAUCAAGUCAAGAAGAUUGAUAAGUAUUUGUACACUAUGCGGCUUUCAGAUGAAACCUUAUUGGACAUUAUGUCUCGGUUCAAAAAAGAGAUGGAAAAUGGUCUGUCAAGAGACACAAACCCAACGGCCAUUGUCAAGAUGCUUCCGACAUUUGUGAGAUCAAUUCCUGAUGGAACAGAAAAGGGAGAUAUAAUUGCGCUGGAUCUGGGUGGAUCAAAUUUCCGUAUUCUGCGAGUUAAGGUUUCACAUGAGAAGAAACAGACCGUGCAAAUGGAGAGUGAAAUCUAUGAUACACCAGAGGACAUCAUCCACGGAACUGGUACAAGGCUGUUUGACCAUGUCGCUGAGUGCCUCGGAGACUUCAUGGAAAAGAAGCAGAUUAAGGAUAAGAAGCUGCCGGUGGGAUUCACCUUCUCCUUCCCGUGCAUGCAGUCCAAAUUAGAUGAGGGUGUGUUGAUUACAUGGACCAAGCGAUUCAAGGCCAGCGGUGUGGAGGGCAUGGAUGUGGUUAAGCUACUGAACAGGGCAAUCAAGAAACGUGGAGACUAUGAUGCAGAUAUUAUGGCCGUUGUGAAUGACACAGUUGGGACUAUGAUGACUUGUGGGUUUGAUGAUCAGCGGUGUGAAGUUGGCAUAAUCAUAGGUACUGGAACCAAUGCGUGCUACAUGGAGGAGCUGAGGCACAUUGAUUUAGUGGAAGGAGAUGAAGGGAGGAUGUGCAUUAAUACAGAGUGGGGGGCAUUUGGAGAUGAUGGAUCCUUGGAGAACAUUAGGACAGAAUUUGAUAGAGAGAUUGACAGAGGCUCCCUAAAUCCAGGAAAACAGCUGUUUGAAAAGAUGGUCUGUGGCAUGUACAUGGGAGAACUUGUCAGACUUAUCCUGGUAAAGAUGGCUAAAGAGGGACUUCUGUUUGAGGGGAGAAUUACACCAGAACUCCUGACUAGAGGGAAAUUUGAAACUAAACACGUCUCUGCCAUAGAGAAGAGUAAAGAAGGCUUAAGCAAAGCCAAGGAUAUACUGACCAGGUUGGGGGUAGAACCGUCCCAUGAAGACUGCAUUGCUGUACAACAUGUGUGUACAAUUGUGUCCUUCCGUUCCGCCAACCUGAUAGCUGCUACGCUGGGCGGCAUCCUCUCACGUCUGCGAGACAAUAAGGGGGUUCCCAGGUUGCGUACCACAGUAGGCAUCGAUGGGUCACUUUACAAGAUGCACCCACAGUAUUCCAGGCGGUUACAUAAAACAGUGAGACGUCUGGUCCCUGACUCAGAUGUGAGGUUCUUACUGUCAGAGAGCGGCAGUGGUAAGGGAGCCGCUAUGGUGACAGCGGUGGCAUACCGUCUGGCUGAACAGAGAAGACAGAUUGAUGAGACGCUGGAGGAGUUCAGCCUCACUCAUGAGCAGCUGUUGGAGGUGAAGAGAAGGAUGAGGAUCGAGAUGGAGAGCGGGCUGAGGAAGAAAACUCAUGAAAUUGCAAAAGUUAAAAUGCUACCAACUUUUGUCCGCAGCACCCCAGAUGGCACAGAAAAUGGUGAUUUUCUGGCUCUGGACCUUGGAGGAACAAACUUCAGAGUUUUACUUGUCAAGAUUCGAAGUGGUAAAAGGAGAACAGUGGAAAUGCACAAUAAAAUCUAUGCCAUCCCAACAGAUGUCAUGCAGGGUACAGGGGAGGAGCUGUUUGAUCACAUUGUCCAUUGCAUCUCUGAUUUCCUCGAUUACAUGGGGAUUAAAGGAGCGCGACUUCCCCUGGGGUUCACCUUCUCUUUCCCCUGCAAGCAGACCAGUUUGGACGCUGGUAUCCUGCUAACCUGGACCAAAGGCUUCAAAGCAACAGACUGUGAGGGGGAAGAUGUGGUUACUCUACUAAGAGAAGGCAUCAAGAGAAGAGAGGAAUUUGACCUGGAUGUGGUUGCCAUAGUAAAUGACACAGUUGGAACAAUGAUGACUUGUGCCCAUGAAGAUCCAAACUGUGAGAUCGGUCUCAUUGUGGGUACUGGCAGCAAUGCAUGUUACAUGGAAGAGACAAAAAACGUAGAGAUGGUGGAUGGAGAAGAAGGGAGGAUGUGUGUAAAUAUGGAGUGGGGAGCAUUCGGUGAUAAUGGGUGUCUGGACGAUAUCCGGACAGUAUAUGACAAAGCUGUUGAUGAAUUGUCACUAAAUUCAGGAAAACAAAGAUACGAGAAGAUGAUCAGUGGAAUGUAUUUAGGAGAAAUUGUACGGAACAUUUUAAUCGACUUUACAAAAAGAGGAUUUCUGUUCCGAGGUCAGAUUUCUGAGGCUUUGAAAACAACAAGUAUCUUUGAGACAAAAUUCCUUUCACAGAUUGAGAGUGAUAGGUUAGCUUUGCUGCAAGUACGGGCAAUCCUUCAGCAGCUGGGUCUAAACAGCACAUGUGAUGACAGUAUAAUCGUCAAAGAGGUUUGUGGCGUUGUAUCAAGAAGAGCAGCACAGUUGUGUGGUGCUGGGAUGGCAGCUGUUGUGGAUAAGAUACGAGAAAACAGAGGCCUGGACCAUUUGGAAGUCACAGUUGGUGUUGAUGGAACUUUAUAUAAAUUGCAUCCACACUUCUCCAGAAUCAUGCACCAGACGGUUGCAGACCUUGCUCCAAAGUGUAAAGUCUCCUUCCUGCUCUCAGAGGAUGGCAGUGGAAAGGGAGCAGCUCUGAUCACUGCUGUUGGGUGCAGACUUCGCGAUGCUGAGCAGAAUUAAAGAUUGGAUCAUCUUGCUUGUGUUUUCCUGCCUUUUCCAGCACUUUCAUUUCAAGCAGUAACUUUAACAGAGCUGGGCUCUUCCAGCUGCACUGUCCAUAGGAAUCUAACCAUAGGGAAGUAGGAGACCAUCAUAGGAAGAGUAUUCUCUUCAGCAUCGGCUGUUACUGGACUCUUGUCUGUAUCACUCCUCAACUACCACCACCUGCUCUUAGGCCAUUGAUAUCUGUUUAUAAUUUAUUGUUAUUUUAUACUUUAUUUAUCAGUUUGUUAAGACCUCUACAGUUUUCCUUUUUCAGUUUCACCCGUUAAUUCACAGCGAUCGCUGUUGACCCAAAAGCUGGAUUCCAUAAGUUGAAAGUCUAUAAAGGACUUUUGCGAAGUUAUUUUGUUUGGUUUCAAUACUACAUUUUACCGUUGGUUGCGUCUUACAAAUAGAUGUUGUCCUGGGCCGUAGGGCCUGUAUCAGUUUCAGCAUCCUGAGGGCUAACAGAGUACACCCAGAAUUCCUAAGAGAGCACCGGACGCACAUGGUAAAUCUGAUGUCGAUGACAUUUCUCAUUGCUUGUAUGAAUAGUGUUGUGUUACUAGUAUGUAUCAAUUCCACAUGUAUGUUUUGUUCUUAAAAGUCAGGCAAAAUUCAACAUGUAUCUGUUGUUAGGAAGCCACUAUUUUUUUUUAGCUGUUACACCAAUGUUCCUGAGAUCUGAGAGGUUGUACACUUUUAUAUGAAUAUUUUGUUGCACUGUGAUUGGAUGUGUUGAGAUAGAUGUUUUUAACGUCCGUGUUAUGAAACGAUGCCUGACGUAUUUUAUUUAGGUCUGAGAAACAUAUUAUGCCACACUAGAGUCACUAAUGUUAUUUAUCAACGUAAUAAACUUUUUUCCAAUGUGUCCCCCUUGGUUUAGUGUGUUGAUUAUAUUUCUGCAAGCAUUACUACAUGAGUAGGAGAUUCCUUACCAGGAGACCUGCUACUCACGAAUGUUCCAAAAACCAGCAAGAAAACAUGAAAUCAUUGCUGCUAUUUGAUGAUUGUGUCAUAGGCACAGAUGUGAUCAACAGUUGGUUCUUCCUACAGGCACUGCGAGGAGCGCUGCUAAGCAGUUUCAUAAAGACAAGAAUAUAGGACAGAGUGUUGAGAAAUAUAAAUGAUUGUAUUUUGUAUAUUCUAAACAGAGGCAAAUAAAAAAACAUCAGAAAUUCUUAGUCCCAA